AUGUUCCCCAUAGCGUUGUUGCUGAAUGGUGUGGCAGCCUGGGUGUCUCUGCACCUCAAGUCCACCUCCACCUUUAUGGUGUACCUGAAAAAUCUAGUUGCUGCCGACAUCAUCAUGACCUUGAUCAUCCCGUUCAAAGCUGCGAGAGCACUGCCGAACACCUCGGAUGCAGUGUACAUACUGUCCUGUUAUCUCAGUGCCAUUUUCUACAGUACACAGUACACAUCUAUCACCCUGCUGGGCUUUGUCAGUGUGGACCGCUUCGCUAAGAUCAUGAUGCCCCGCAGCAAGUUGUUUUGUCAGAAUGUGACCUUUAGCAAACUGAUAUCAGGCUUAGUCUGGGUAGUGCUGCUUGGAGGCACAGCUGUACCAAAUAUCAUUUUAAGUAACAAUUUAGUGGCCAAUGGGACAGGGACCAUCGGUUGUAUAAAGCUGAAGGGACCGGUUGGACUUGAAGUCCAUGGAUAUAUAGUGAUUUACCAGAGCUGUUUCUUCUGGCUCGUCAGCGUGGUCAUCGCUGUGUGCUACAUUUGCAUCACAAACAAAGUUAUCCAGUCUUUUAGGAACUCUGGCAGCAGCAACAACCAGGGAAAGGAGAAGGUCAAACUGCGUGUUUUUCUGGUUGUCAUUGUGUUCUUUGUGUCGUUCGGACCGUACCACAUCAUCAGGAUCCCGUACACUUUUGAACAAGUGAAGAUUUCUUCCAGCACCGGCUGUUCUUACUUACGCAGUAAGUUUGCCAAGGAACUCAGCCUCUGGCUUGCCAGCACAAACAUCUGCAUGGUCCCACUUCUCUACGUCUUUCUGUGUCGGGAGUUCAAAGAGACACUGACGUCGAUGAUAAAAAUGUAG